AGCCUGGCCUUUUCUGAAAUUAUUUCAUUUCGAAUGCAAAAUUUCAAAAUUCAUUUUGCAAUUCUUUUUUAACAAGCAGAAGACGAAUUUCGUUUCGCUUCCUCAAAAUUUAUAUUUGGAAUAUUUUUAGAGUCCCUAUUCAGGCCGGAAACGAGAAGCGAGAAGCGCCGCCGCCGCCAAGAUGAAGUACUAUCCCGAUGCCGACGUCUGGUUCUUUGUGGACAAGCCCAGCUGCAUGACCAGCUACCAGAAGUACCCCAAGUGGCACAGCUGGAAGCUGGAGAAUCGCGCCACCAGCCGCGUGAUGCACUACUGGCGCGACACGGAGGGCGCCAAGAUGGCGGAGGUGAAGCGGAAGGACCUGUACUUCACACCAUGGCCCAAGACGCGCAUCCGGCCGCAGGCCUGCCUCGGUAUGCUCUAUGCCACCGGCUUCCGGUUCAUCCGGCUGAGCAAGGCACCGCCGGCGGGCUUCAAGUGUGCCCCGCUGCCCACCAACCUGGCCACCGCCCGCAUAGUCAAGGUGAACCUGGCCAAGAAGCGCAAAGCGGAGAAGAAGGCCGCCAAGAAGGCCAAGGCGGAGGCUAAGAAGGCCAAGAAGGAGGCGAAGGCCAACAAGGGCAAGGGCAAGGAAGCCGGUGAACUCAAGCCGAAGGUCAUCAAAACCUAUGAAAAUGUUGAUAAAUAA